AUGUUUGGCGAGAUGCGUCAAGCCCUCGGCAUCACGAAGAAAGUAGACAUUCUCGACCACGUCUACUCUCUCCCCACGAAGGAGGAGCAGGAGACAGCAAUGGAGUCCAUACGCCACAUCGAGCGUACGGCCAUGGCCUCUCAGGUUGCCCAGCCGGGCCUCGUGGAGCUCAUGUCCUAUCUCGACAGCCGCGGCGUCCGCAAGGGCAUCUGCACCCGCAACUUCGACGCUCCCGUCGCACACCUUCUCGGAAAGUUCCUCGAGGGGUCACUGUUUGAGCCCAUUGUCACCCGCGACUUUCGUCCGCCAAAGCCAGAUCCCGCCGGGAUCCUGCAUAUUGCACGAAACUGGGGUCUUGUCAAAGAAGGAAACAACUUGGCUGACGCCAAGGACACGACCGUCGGCGACGGCAGUGAGUUGAUCAUGGUUGGAGACUCGAUUGAUGACAUGACGGCUGGGCGAAGAGCUGGCGCGGCGACAGUGCUUCUUGCCAACGAUGUCAAUGCGCAUCUGGUCGACCACGAGCACACUGACUUGGUGAUCCGUCGAUUAGACGAGCUGAUUCCUAUCCUCGAGGAGGGUUUUAGCAGCAGGGAACCAGUAUCAUCAACAUAA